AAGAGACCCAGAGUCGAGCUUUGGCAAAGCCUUGGCGAAGCCUUCUCAGCGAUGCUAGGCAGCACCCUAGGAGGCGAUGCUAGACAGGGCUCAGGAACCGAGGUCAGCGACGCUGGAGGUAGAGGUAACGCCGACAAGGUGUUGAGCUGUGCAAAAGGCAGAGACGACGCCGAUUGGGCGUUGGGCUGCAUGGGCGACACUUGUGCGUCUGCCAUGGGUGACGCCAGUGUGCCUGCCAUGGGCUACAUCAGUGUGCCUACCAUGGGCGAUGUUAGGAGCAAGGCGAGCAGCGCCAGUUUUUUGCGAGUGAGAUCUUCGGUCGGGAUGACAACAGGCGACAUCUUCGAUAAACGGAGCCUAAUUGGUAGGAUGCCUAACGCCCAUAGGGUGCCUAGUUCUGAGAAGUCGAAACAACGUACUUGGUUUUGCUAG